AUGUUCUCGUCUAAGAAAACAUUCAAAAAGCUCAGAAGCUGGUUUAGCAAGAUGAAACAAUUUGGCCGAGAAGCAUAUAGUAGCGUUAACAUCAUCAAACCUGACAUGAUGAAGAGUUUGCUGACAAUAACGCUAGAGAGCGAGCUGUCGUUCGAUUUGUUGAAAAACAUUUUCAACAACAUCAACAACAACAACAUCAACAACAACAACAUAAAUAACAAGCUUAAACCAUAUUAUCACCAGACCUAUGGUGAUAAUAAUAUCGUCGAUGAUGAUGACCACAACAACGAUGAUGACGAUGAGGAUGACGACGACGAGUACUACUUCAACGGCCAACACGUUGAGCGCCAAAACGAACAGUCUGGAAUAAACAAUGACGUCAUCCACAAUAAUAAUAAUAAUAAUAAUAAUAAUAAUAAUAAUAAUAAUAAUAAUAAUAAUAAUAAUGAUAAUAAUGAUAACAAUAAUGAUGAUGAUUAUGUCUGUGACGUCAAAGACUGCAAUGAGAUAUAUUUAGCCGUCGUCAUCUCAGUGAAAGUGAGUAAAGUUACUGACGGUAGGAAGAAGAAAGACACUAAAACGACGGCGAGGAAGAGGGAGUGGGGGAGGAAAAAUGACGUCAUCGUUAUUAUUCCAAUCAAUAAAAUAAAUCUGUGUGAGAUUGUUAACAACAACAACAACAACAAUAUCAGUAAUAAUAAUAAUAACAUUCCGAAAACUCGAAUUUCGAAAUUAUUGGGCCACAACGACGAAAUAGUCUGCGUCACUUGGCACGAUGACGUCAUUAACCUCUUGUUGAGUGUCGAUAGAUCGGGAGAGCUAUUUCACGAAUAA